AUUUUGAAAGUUAAAAUGGUUGACUUCCGGUGUAGCUGUAGCGCUUCCUUUCUCCCACAGUUCACGAGGUUCUAACACACUUUACAGUCAACAACUGGUUAGCUUAAAUGCAGGAAAAUUAAAGUCUGACAGAUUGAUGGCUGCCUGUGUGUUGUAUCGACGGGUGGCCAGGCUACGUUACCUGCCAGGCUUGAGAACGAAUUCUAACCAGACUCAAGAUGUUCGUGUCAAACAAGUGGAUGAGACUGAUGAUUAUGAGGGCAAGAAAGGAGUACUGCAACCCCAGGGAACCUCUCUCCAAGGAGGAUACAGGCUGUAUUACAACCCUAACUCAUAUUGUUCCAUGUCUAACUCUGCAACCUCCCAGAGCCGAGCAGAUAAUGAUGAGGACGAGUGUGUCUCCACUCUUACACCUUCCUUGUGGCAACAGAGCAAUCGCUACAGUGUGAGUUGCUCGCGGCAUAUCUCCAGCUCAAAGAACUCACUUCUAGACUUGGAUUUCAACAAAGAUUCUGAACCUGAGAUACUGUCAGAGUCACUGGACCACGGAAAACCCAUACCGCCAGAUAUUAAACCAGAUACACGUGCAUACCUCAAAUGCCGGCCAGGGUACGCGUCCACGACCCUUGACCUUACCCAGGGUCCUCACCCAAUCAAAUGGGAAGAGGCGAUGUCGCUGCUGAACAAAGUGACUGUCUUAAAGGGCAGAAUGAAACCAAGUGAUGUGUCUCAAUUUCUUGUGGAGCUCAGCCGUUUGCACCCAGACAGGAUAUCGUUAGUGAAAAGUGACCAACGCUUCAUCAUGCUUCUUCGAUAUUGUGUGGAACACCUCUGCUUCUUUACGCCCCAUCAGCUGCUGGAGGUCCUGCAGUCAUUUGUGUGGCUGGACAUGCCCUCAACUCACACUGUACUUGCCGUAUAUGAGGCCGAGCUGAUCAGCCGGGUUAACCAGAUGAGUCUGCAUCAGUUGAUGUUAGCUGCUGACUUGUGGCGCUGCAUUGGGAGGCAGGUUCCCCAGUUCUUACAGCACCUCUAUGAUUCAGUCCGUAUGAACCUUGGACAGAUGGGGAUCCCUGAGCUGGUACAAUUGUUGUAUAUAAUGGGUGAAGGUAGGCACUGUCCAGAAGCCUUGAUUCGUCCCAUAGAGCAGCUUCUCAUGCAACAUUUACACCAACUGUACCCUGAGGAGGUUGGUACUGUAUGCUUGGGGCUCUUUAAAUCCCAGACUUCAAUAUCUGAUGAUGUGGUGACGCGUAUUAUUGACAAAGCACACUCCUUUGUGGAGGAGAUGAGUGACUUUGCCUUGGUGAAUGUGCUGAAAUUCAUGCGAUUCAGCUACCAGUAUCACAGGCUGUGGCUGGAGUCUUUGGAAAAGGAAGUUCCUCGACGGGCCCACCGGAUGGGUGUCCAGGGACUAAUGCAUGUAGCGCUAGCCUGUUCAGCACUGCAUUUCUGCAGUGAUAAAAUCUUAACGGCAGUUGCUGAAAGAGUUCCCCCGCUGGUGCAGCACUGCAGGAGUAAGGACUCAGGGAAACUUCUGUGGGCCUUUGGCACUUUAGGGUUUCUGCCAGUUCAGAGCCCAAGCUUCUAUCCGAGCCUGACAAAGUCCCUGAGACAGAGGAAAGUUGAAUUCCAGCGAUACCCACAGCAUCUCCUUACUGGUCUUCUAGGCCUGGCCUUCGUCUCUCAGUUCCCAGAGGACCUAAUUGCAUUAGCUUUGAGUCCUGAAUUUAUAAACUUUGCACUGAAAUCCAAACAACUGGAGUUGAAAAAAGACUUGUUCACUUUAGAUGGAACAGUGGCUAUUGAGCUGCCUCAGUGGACUGGCCCACGGCUAAGCUGUGAGCUGAGAGAAGAGGUGACAGAAAUGUUGUGGAAGUUUGUUCAUUCAGAUGUGUGCCAGAAACCAGAGGUUCAGGAGGCAGAAGCUGCUCUGCAAGAUCUGCUUGGAGGAGAGAAGUUUGUAUGUAAGAGGAUGAUUCUGCCCCACACUCGCUCCAUCGACCUGGAAGUGCAUCUUAAGUCUACAGGACAGCCUAUACCUGUGAACCCGCCAUCUGACACAGCUACGGUGUCUGCAGAGAACAGAUCCUCCAAAUUUUCUUCUCGUCAGGGUUGGGGGAGAAUGAAUCUAGGAGUAACUAUAACUGAUGAUCUUAUAGCACAGCUAACGAAUACCAAAAAUCCCACAAAGUCUUUGACCCCAUCUCCUACAUGUAAACGUGCUUCUCUUCACAGUACAUGGCCUGAUGAAAGUUGUAGCAUGUUUGACACAGGGUUAGUCCUGACCAGUGACAGGAGAGAAGCUCUCACCAGAAUCAUUAGCCAAGACUCAGCCCCCCAGGACACUGAAAGCACUGUUAAACUUGCUAUCCAGGUCACAACCAGGAACCAGCAUUGCAUCCAGUCACAGCAGUUGUUGGGCCUUCAUGCCUUGAAGAGGAGGCAGUUGAAGUUGGCAGGCUACAGGGUUGUAGAGAUUUAUCAUCAGGAAUGGCUUCACAUACUGAGGAAAAGCAGGUCUGAGAAGCUGGCAUACCUGCACUGCAAAAUCUACGACAGUCUGUAAUGAUCCUCUGUCCUCCGAGAAGCAAAGGAAAUCACAGCAAACUCGGACUGCAAUGCAAAAUACAUUUCUGACAAAAUGCGUGACAUUUCAAGACAUUCUCUUGUUAAAAUAUGAUGGAAAUUAAAAGUGUAUUCAACACAUUA